UCUAGCUUUCUGUCUUUUAGACAGAUGUGACAGUGUCCUUUUAUUGAACGACGACGAAGCAUCGAAAUGAACGUUCUUGUUCUUUUGCCUGACGACCUUGGACGGGCUUUCGUCCCGUCCUUGAUUUGACCCGUGUGUGACGGGCAGUACGCGCACAGACCGAUGUCUACAUCGAGGCUUGCAUUCAGGAUGAGCAUCUGCAUCGUUUCCUUCUUAACCAGCUUGACGCUGCUGCUGACCCACAUCAACGCCAGCAGGAGUGCGCGAAGAAGUACGAGCGCGACAACUUUACCUGGGAGAAGAUGAAAAUGGUGGAGGAGUAUCUCCAAAACUCUCAGAAUUUCAGCCACGUGAUGAUUCUGGACGCUGACGCGGCGCUGGUGCGGGACCAUGACAUCUUGGGGAAGAUGGCGGCAGAGCUGCACGCUCAGCACCGAGACGUGUUCUUCACCAACGAAGAUUGGCUUUUGGGUGGCGCGACGAGGCUCAAUACUGGCGUCUUUCUGGCCAGAAACACCCAAUGGUCCAAGGAUCUCUUCAGCGACACCUUCGAGGCGCACCAACGCGGGCCGGACACACUGAAGUCCUGGCGCAUCGGCGUCAAGGACCUCCAGUGCACCAGCAACGAGCAAAUCUGUUUGAACGACGUCCUCGCCGCUCAGAACUUGUCUGCCCACGUGAUCCUUGCGAGUGGUAUCUCCUACAACCGGGGCGGCUGCACCGUGGAGCACUGCGGGGAGGGUGUGAGCGAUGAGUCCAUGCAGGAAAAGGGCCUCCAGGACGAGCGCCUCGAGGUGUUGCACUUCAUGGGUGAUCACACCUUGGCGGACAAGGUCCUUUGCGAUGGGCCCAGAGACCUGACCGGUGAAGGCCCCAAGGGCUAUGGCUGCAGUGUCGCUGGCUCCUUGUAGGACUCGCCCCGGUCACUCUAAAUCAUUAGGAGUGCUCGCGUAGUGUGUUUUCCUCCGGAGGCAUGUGAACAAAGCAAGGGCACUGGGUCCUUUGGGUCCGGGAAUGAACACCGCCAACAUGGCUGCAUAACACGGCCAUAGGGAUGCUGGCGUGUGCUUCGCACUACGAGUGGCCGACGUGUUCCACAUGUUCCACC